UAUAUAUAUAUAUAUAUAUAUAUAUGCACACAUACAGUAAGCAAGGAUAUAUUAUUACUAAAAAUACAUUGAACUAUAUAACUUAGGCGCACACAUGACGAGUGAGUCUAUGCAAAUAUAUACAUGCACACACCAACACGCUAAUACAUGCAUGAAUACACACUUACAUAAUACAUACUUGUAUAUAUAUGUAUACACACACACACACCGACAUCGAACAUAAGCAGGAUAUAUAACUUAGAAUUUUCAAUGACAGCUCAAGUCCGGGAUACGUAGGCACACAUGUAUGUAUAACGCUGUAUGCAUAGGUGUUUACGUGUAUAUGCAACUGGCUUCAUUCGUUAUGGAUAUAUACUCGAUUAUUAUACACAAUCAAGCAUACCUUGGCAUUUCUGAUUUACCAAUAUCUUAUACACACACACUGGACACUCACAUAUAUAGACACGCACACACGCAGACACAUAUAUAAACACGUGCACACACACACACACACACACACACACACACACACGCGCGUUGACUGAAAUACAUAUUAAUGCAUAGAUAUAUAUGUGAAUGUGCAUACACAAUACAUAUAUAUAUAUACACACGCGCGCAAUCCAAUACACACAUAUAUAUAUAUAACCAAGCAUACAGAAUAUACACACACGUAUAUACAACAAAUAUUUACAUACUGUACAGUCAUACAUACACGUAUGCACACAUGCAAUUUUAUACAUAAUCAUCCACUAAUAUAUACACACACACAUAUGCAAUUCAUACAUAAUCACAUACAUCCUUACAUUUAUAUAUGCACACAGACAAUUCGUGCAUAUCCUUACAUACAUGCGCAAUUGGUACAUAAUCACACAUAUAUACACAUGCACGUAUAUUAACACACACAAACUACACAUACAUACACACAUAUAUAUACACACACACACACACACAUACAGGUGGCUGUGAACUAAUAGACACACUGUUAAAAAGAUAUUGUUACACAUAUACAUACAUGAAUGACAAUACAUAACUGUAGACACCAAACUUACAGAUACACGUACAUACAUACACAGUAUAUAACAAAAUAACACACACAUGAACCUAUAUACACAUGCAUAUAUACAAAUAUAUAUACACAUUAUUUAGCAUAUAAGCUCUACUAAUUACUUUGCACUAACGAAUUUCACACGCGAAUAUUGUAUAAUAUACACAUACUUCACAUAUAUACCGCUACACACACAUACACAUUCGCACAUAUUGUUAGUUAUAUACACACUGUCAUUCACACAAACACGUUGCUGUUUACAUAAAUACACACACGUUGACGCACACGCACACAUACAUUCAUAUAGCCAUUCACGUCCACACAUUAUAUACACUUCUGUUUAUACAUAUACGUACAGUACUGGUUAUACAAACACACGCAUACGCACAGGUGUUUAAACAAAUACACACCAUCAUUCAUACACACACACACACAGUUGUUGACAAACGUACACAUACUGUACUUAUUAACACAAAUACAUACACACACACACAACCAUCUACAUAUACACACACGUUGUUAUUUACACAAACACCCAAACAACUGUACAACAACAUCAACAGGACUGUCACUGGUACUACAGUACCCCGUAGAGGUACCCCUUUUAAAGUACCUCUUCUUUUACGUAUGUAUACAUAGAUAUACUACCACCUCUACUGCCACUAAGGUACAGUGCUACUAACUUUGAAGGUGCCUUUGUUGAAACACACUACAGCACAUACCCUACUACAUGUACACCAUCACACUUACACUGGCGCCUAUACUGUAACGAAAAUACAGAGUCUCACAAGGUGCUGUUUAUAUUCUGUUUAUAUUUAUUUUUUUCAAACAUUACUAUCACCUUCACCUCUACUAUAUCUGCAAUUUAUUGAUACUAUUUGAUGGUGCCUUUGAUUGGAAUUACUACCACGUACAUACUACCACAUGUACAAUUAAACUGAUAGUUUCUGUAUAGGUGCCUCCUCUGUUGAGACGCUCCACCACAAGCAUAAACAACCAUCUAUCUAUCUAUCUAUCUAUCUAUCUAUCUAUCUAUCUAUCUAUCUAUCUAUAUAUAUAUAUAUAUAUAUAUAUAUAUAUAUAUAUAUAUCUGUUUGUCUGUCUCUCUGUCUGUCGAUUCAUUUGUCUGUCUGUCUAUCUAUUUAUCUAUCUGUCUGUCUAUUUAUCUAUCUGUCAGGCUAUCUAUUUAUCUAUCUAUCUAUCUGUCUGUCUGUCUGUCUAUCUAUUUAUCUGUCUGUCUGUCUAUCUAUUUAUCUGUCUGUCUAUUUAUCUAUCUAUCUAUCUAUCUAUCUAUCUAUCUAUCUAUUUAUCUACCUACCUACCUACACAUAUACCAUCACAAAAACAGACACAUUGCUUUAUACACAACUGUAUGCAUGCUGCCAUCAAGGCACACAUAUGCACACGCUGUCACAGACAAAUACCUCUAUCCAUUUGUGGUACAAAUAAAAGCAACAGAAAAAUGAAAAACUUUUCUUAAUAAAAGGAAAUCAAAUAUAUAUAUAUAUAUAUAUAUAGGUAUAUAUAUACAUAUAUAUAUAUACAUACACAUACUCAUAUAUACCCACACAUAUACAUACAUACAUGCACUCAUACAUACUGAUAUACUCACACAUACAUCCACUAAUUCUUACAUACUCAUGCACACAUACUCUAACACAUACAUGCACUCACAUACAUUAAGACAUAUAUAUAAUCACACACAUAUAUGUAAUGUGCAUCAUACCACUUACAUGCACACACACACACAUACACACACACAAACACAUACACACAGACUGAUGCACAUUUACAUUCCACAUAGAAGGAAUUAUCCAUCCAUUGUGAUAUAUACACACUAACACACAUGCUCAUUUAUACAUAUCUGGAAUCAUAUACAUUCCCGCAUGCAUGCAUUAAUGCAAUAAUUUCACAUCCACAAAAUACACAAACUUAGAUAUACACAUAAAUACACAUAUUAUACAUGCUAAUCCAUAUAUAAACUGGUAUACAUACAAACAUAUACACUAUCUCUAUCUCUCUCCCCCUCUAUCUCUCUCUCUCAUGCACACACACAUACACACACACAAUCUUUUAAUACUGCUAUAUUAUUCUUCUGUUCUGCUUCUCAUUAUAUAUUCAAAUUUAUAUACACACACACACACAUUCAUUUUUAAACACAUAUACAUACAUGAAAAUCUUUAGGUGCAAACUCACAGGUAUAUAUGCAUACACGCUUGUACCCGCGUACGAAUAGCAGCAUCUACACACACACACACAUGUACACGCACACAUAUACAUACAUACAGAAACACCUACAUACACACACAUACAAACAUACAGCAAGUUCACACACAUACACACAAACACACACUUAAAGUUGUGUUUUAUACCACAAAAUUCUUGUAAAAUAACUCAUAUCUGGAUGUAAAAAGAGAACGACCAAAAUUAUUCCAAAUGUUGAAAAAACUGAGAUCUUUCAAAUCACGGUCAGUUUAUGAUGCUACUCCAGGAUUAUCGAAGGGAGUAUGGACUACCCCAGACGAGGAAAAAGACUACCACCCACAGAACCCGGCUGAAAUUGUUAUAUACUCGACGACGCCAACGACAACAACAACAGGUUCCUUGAAAAAACCACGACGGAGUGGCCUAUUGAAUAAAUUCUUCUGCUGUUUUGGUCCAAAAAACAGUGCUCCCAAAAAUUCUUAUCCAGUGCCUGCUGUGGAGCAAAACGGUAACACCAAACCAGGAGAGCGAUAUUUAUUACCUGCCCUUAACAGCAACCAUCCUUUCAGGAAAUGUAUGGUUAUAGACCUGGAUGAAACCCUUGUGCAUAGUUCUUUUAAGCCUAUAGACAAUGCAGAUUUUAUUGUUCCUGUGGAAAUCGAGGGUACUACACAUCAAGUCUACGUUUUAAAGCGGCCUUAUGUUGAUGAAUUUCUCCAGAAAAUGGGAGAACUUUAUGAGUGUGUUUUAUUUACUGCCAGCUUAGCUAAGUAUGCUGACCCAGUUGCUGAUCUUCUGGACAAAUGGGACGUCUUCAGAGCUCGCCUCUUCAGGGAAUCUUGUGUCUUUCAUCGCGGAAAUUAUGUUAAAGUAAGUUUGGAUCUUUCAUAAUUUCUUUGCUCUGUGUGUGUGUAUA